AAUGUUUACCUUAUGAAACAUCUGGUAUUUUGCUCAGUUUUCGACACGUAUACUUUAUUAUUCCCGAGGCGAUUUCACUUCAUUUCAGUUUUCAACAUACGAUAGUAAGCAUGGCUCUCUCAUCUGCUCUGCUGUGUGCGAUUACGUUCUAUGCUGCUGCAGUGCAGUGUACAAAGGGCGAGGGUUGCGACGAAGGGUGGAUACCAUUUCGAGAGUUUUGUUUCUUCCCGGGUGCGGCGUCACUGUCUUGGUCCGACGCUCGACAGGACUGUCGACAGAGGGGCGGCGAUCUAGCUGUCAUUACCGACAAACCAACUAAUGACUUUGUCAAGCAAAACCGAGCGAGUUCUGCCCACAACUGGAUUGGCCUACACGACCCACGCCCGGAUCUUGCUCCCACCGACGAGCGCCAAUUUGUUUGGACUGACGGAAAAUCGCCAGAUUACUACGGUUUCAGCAAGUGGAAAACUGGCCAACCGAACAACGCUGAUGGCAAUGAAGACUGUGUGGUGUUCGUCCGAACUGGAGACUGGGUUGACAAGCCCUGCCACUUGCUAAAACUAUACGUUUGUCAGCGUCUAGUUGACAUGACAAGCACAGUCUCAACGGAGGAAACUUAUGAGCGGACUGACGAACCAGGUACCACCUCCUCAGGCUACAACACCUACGUAACAGAUGGUGAUUACCGUGGUACCCAGCAAGCGACAAGAGCACCGGGCUAUCACACCCACCCCCCUCCUCGGGGUACUGAUGCCAAUCGGUAUACUACUUUCGCGCAGGCAGGAUGCCGGUUGCCGCAAGUAGAUUGCUAUCACACAGGUGACUGCAUCUCUGAGCUGCUAUGGUGCAAUGGCAGACGCGACUGUCCCAACGGGGAGGACGAGGCUAACUGUGCCGGCGAUGAGACUUUCCAGUGUGCUGAUGGCACCACUCAUCCUCGUCGUAAGCUCUGUGAUCGCUUCACGGACUGUCGCCAUGCGGAAGACGAGUUGUACUGCGUCUAAGGAAUCCAAUUGGAGUUGCAUCCUCGCAGUACAGCGAUUUUGUCAUCGGAAUUAAGCGUAGCUGUAGAUAAAGAUAUUUACAUUUCUCCUAAUUUUCCUCAAUAAUUACGUCCAAAACGAUUAAGCACCAAUUUUUAUGAAUUAUGUUUGAAGUAAUUACAAUAAUAUACAUUUUGAUUAUUCCCGUUUCAGAGCUUAAAGCCACUACAUUUUCUGAUUUACACAAAAGUUGUUAUUGCUUUGUCAGUGAGGCGUUUGGCCCAUGGGCAUUAAAUGCUCCACUAUCAACCUCAAUAUAUAAGGUCGAUGCAUUUGAGAGAAAUCCUUGGAAUUGAAAGAAACUUGUUUAUUUUCCAUUGUGAAACACUUUUCUGUAACAUUGUGUAAAGAAAAGUCAAACUUAAAGCUUUGCAUUUAGGUCACAUGUAAUCAACCAGAAAGAAAUGUGGACAUGCAUACGGUGUACUCUUUUGAUGAAUAUAAUGCCACUUCGUUCACCCUACUUCCAGGCUUACUAAAAUAGGCCUAUCUGUAAUUGAGUUUUGGAGAAAACAACAAUUUAGAAAACUGUUCCUCGGCAGGUGAUUUCAGGAUCACACAGGGCCCAGAGAACUAUGAAUGUGUUGCCCAAAUUCACAUCAUUAUUUUGUUCUCUAUAAACCUACUUGGUGAAAGAUGCCUUUACGGUAAAAA